AGCCCUUCCAAUAAUACUUAUUUCUGCCAUUAUUUUUUCUGCUGCGGUAUCAUUAGGAGUCCUGCCUGUCCGUCAGUUUACAGUAACUCUUUGUUUUCCCAGAUAAACUUACAGGGAGUGCCCUUCAGUUAAUAACAGGUUGAGAUCUGGCAGUCCGCCAUGCUGAUACAUUCAACUGAAACUCUGGGAAAGCAAAGCUACCCGAAAAACAAUGAGCAAGAGAAACCCCGAUUAGAAGCCUAUUAAACGGCGAGGCUUCUUGGAAGACAUGCAUUGUGAAUGGAUAAGGAUCAGUUAGAGACAAUCCACCUACAUUACCGGUACGAUUCUCCCUCUUAUUGUUCCUGAUGUACGAGAAACUGCUUAUUCUUGUUCUACAACUAUUUCUGAGCUUGCACUUGACUGCAUUCAGAGGGAGUCUGCUGAAGAUCUGCCAAGAUGUACCAUGCUGCUGCUGUACCAUUCCCCAUCCUGAGCAAUCUGACAGCUGAACUGGGCAGCGGCACCAACCAGCCAUUGUUAACAGAAUAUUACCCUAAUCCAAACUCCUGGGAGCAGUCAGAGUACAGCUAUGAAGCAAGUGAUGCAGAUUUACCGUUUUUGGCUUUCUUCACCUCUCCUGAAUGUUCCUCAAAGGAUUCAGAGAUCUGGAGUGUGACUGACAACACAAUCAUUGAUGAGACAAACCCUCAGUUCACAGGCGAGUGUGCAGACCUGUUAGACGCGGUGACAACACGCAGAAGGAAUUUGGACCAACAGGUUUUACAAGAGGAUGCGGAGCCUGAAACUGCAGUCUGUGGUGAGCAGAAUAGGGCAUUGCCUUACCAUGAGGAAACAGGUAUUUCAGAACUGAAACCAUCUCAAGUGACUCGGAGAGCGAACAACCGCAGAGGAAAGAAAGGAAGCAGAACAAACCAAAGCGUGCACCUCUGGGAAUUCGUACGUGACCUUUUGCUGAGUCCGCAGAAGAACCAAGAAGCUGUACGAUGGGAGAACCGCAAGGAAGGAACGUUCCGUGUCGUUAGGUCUGACAUGUUUGCCCAGUUAUGGGGGGAGCAGAAGGACAACAAAUGUAUGAAUUAUGAGAAGUUAAGCCGGGCACUAAGGCAUUACUACAAAUCUGGAAUUCUGGAGCGAGUAGACGGGAGACUGACUUACAAAUUCGGGAAGAAAGCUCAUGGAUGGAAAGAAGACUCAACUACAUAAAUAGCUAUAAAUACAAACAAGUGUGGCAAGAUGAAAACGUAUUAUGGACAAGAAAGUGCACUGGAGCUUGAGGCUAACCACACAGAGACUUGUAUAUAAACACAAUUCUUUUUUUCUUAUAAUUUUAUAUGAACAGUCAGCAUACAUUCCAUGGAAUUUUCAGAGAUCUGACAUUUCACUACUAAAAGAACUGUGGACCACAUACUAUACGGAACAUUUCUAGUUGUACAGUUAAAACCGUAAAGUGUCUGAAUGAAAGGCUCCUUGUAGCAACUGUCACUGUCCCCGUCAUUCUCAUAGAGCACUAAAGUGAAAGUAAAGUGCUGGCAGGCUAUUUAUGACAAAAGAAUUGUCUUAAAUGUUUCUCCGUGUGUUGGUAUUUUUUUGUGUACAUUGGACCUCCGUGUAGAACCCCAGUAUGAUUCUGAGCCAGGCCGAAGUAACUCCAAUGCACAUGUGCAGGAGUUAUUUCAUCUGGGUCCAGCUAAUCAAGUGACUGAAGACUCUGAACCAGGAAGAUGGAAAUACUGCCAAUGAAGGGGGUCGCUUUUGUAGGCAAGUUUGCCUUAUUAUGCGAAUAUGGCUAAAAAGUCCUGGUGCCAUUUUUUUUUUGGUUGUUUACUUCUGCUUUAAGGGAAAGGAAGUGUGCAGCCGUCCAUUGCUGACCUCACCUUCUAACCCAGUGGUUCUCAACCUGGGGGUCGAAUGACAAUUUGCCAGGGGUC